AUUCUGCAUCAGGUCUGGACAGGUUUAGCCGAUUAGGCCAACCAGAAAAAUAUUUUCUUUGUAAAAAACCCUAUCAAUCAUCAACGUUCCAAAAAUACAAAACCCUACUCAACAACCAAAUCCUCACGUGAACCGCUCCUCAGUUACAACCUCUAUCUUCUUUCUUCACUCUCGCCGCCAUGCAAUCCACCUUCAUUUCCCCACGCGCCACCACCCCAUCAUUACACACCCCGCUCAUUAAACACCCAACACGCCCCACCUCUCUGCGAGUGGCCGCUCAAUCACAGGUCACCGCCGUAAAUGCAGACCCGUCACCAGCCUCAACAGUAUCUCAAAAGCUCAACAAAUACAGUUGCAGAAUCACUGAGCCCAAAUCCCAAGGUGGGUCACAAGCAAUUCUCCAUGGAGUUGGGUUAUCUGAUGAAGAUUUAAGUAAACCCCAAGUGGGUAUUUCUUCAGUUUGGUAUGAGGGUAACACGUGUAAUAUGCAUUUGUUGAGCCUAUCAGAAGCUGUUAAGCAGGGUGUUCAAGAGGCGGGGAUGGUUGGGUUUAGGUUUAAUACUAUUGGUGUUAGUGAUGCUAUUUCUAUGGGGACUAGAGGAAUGUGUUAUAGCUUGCAAAGUAGAGAUUUGAUUGCUGAUAGUAUUGAGACUGUUAUGAGUGCUCAAUGGUAUGAUGGUAACAUCUCUAUUCCGGGUUGUGAUAAGAAUAUGCCAGGUACAAUUAUGGCAAUGGGCAGGCUCAACCGACCAAGUAUUAUGAUUUAUGGUGGUACUAUAAAGCCUGGUCAUUUUAAUGGCCAUGUGUAUGACAUAGUAUCCGCCUUUCAGGUUUACGGAGAAUAUGUAAGUGGGUCUAUAAGUGAUGAAGACAGAAAAAAUGUAGUUCGCAAUUCAUGCCCUGGGGCAGGGGCUUGUGGUGGAAUGUAUACAGCAAAUACAAUGGCUUCUGCUAUCGAGGCCAUGGGAAUGUCUCUUCCCUACAGCUCUUCAAUACCCGCUGAAAGCGAAUUGAAGUUGGACGAAUGCCGUUUGGCUGGAAAAUAUCUGCUAGAAUUAUUGAAGAUGGACUUGAAACCACGAGACAUUAUAACCCGGAAGUCUCUUCGUAAUGCAAUGGUCAUUAUAAUGGCAUUAGGAGGUUCCACUAAUGCCGUAAUGCACUUUAUUGCUAUUGCUAGGUCUGUUGGGCUGGAGUUAACCCUUGAUGAUUUCCAGAAAGUAAGUGAUGAGGUUCCGUUCCUCGCAGAUCUAAAGCCAAGUGGCAAAUAUGUCAUGGAGGAUGUGCAUAAGAUUGGAGGGACACCCGCAGUCAUUCGCUAUCUUUUGGAGAAUGGUUACAUGGACGGGGAUUGUUUGACUGUGACCGGCAAGACUUUGGGUGAAAAUAUGCAAAGUUGCCCACCUUUGGCCGAGGGGCAGGACAUUAUAAGGUCAUUGGAAAACCCCAUCAAGAAAACAGGCCACAUCCAAAUAUUACGUGGAAAUCUUGCACCGGAUGGUUCUGUAGCAAAAAUUACUGGAAAAGAAGGAUUAUAUUUCUCUGGUCCUGCACUUGUUUUUGAGGGAGAGGAAGCUAUGCUUGCAGCUAUAUCAGAAAAUCCUAUGAGUUUUAAGGGAAAAGUAGUAGUUAUCAGGGGAGAGGGGCCUAAAGGAGGACCAGGCAUGCCUGAAAUGCUAACACCAACAAGUGCGAUUAUGGGAGCUGGUCUGGGGAAGGAUUGCGCAUUGCUGACAGAUGGUAGGUUUUCAGGAGGUUCUCACGGCUUUGUUGUUGGGCAUGUAUGCCCUGAGGCCCAGGAAGGCGGUCCAAUCGGUCUUAUUAGAAAUGGUGACAUCAUCGACAUUGAUGUUCGAGAGAGGAGAAUAGAUGUUCAGCUAACGGACCAAGAAAUGGCAGAGCGGAAAUUGAAUUGGACUCCCCCUCCUUACAAGGCAAAUUGCGGAGUUUUGUACAAGUAUAUUAAGAAUGUGCAAUCAGCCUCCAGAGGAUGUGUGACUGAUGAGUAGUGAUGAGGACAUAUUCUUCGAGGCUAUAGAGUGUGUUUGCGGUUCGUGUUAUCUUGGGUACCCGAUUGUGCGGCUCGUGCUAUCUCGGGUACCCGACUGCAGCUCGUGUCAGGGUAUUUAUUUGGCUCUUCAUCUGAAGUGCUGAGAGUCCUUGUUUAACCUUUUGGGUAGGUUAGGCUGUAAAAUUUUCUGUAUGUUCUGUCCUGUCUUAAAUGACAGUCAUUUUCCGGUGUUUCUGUAAUCUCUUUGUAAUUCAGCUUUUGAUAUUGGAUAUUUUUUUGAUCGAAAGACAUUUAUGGCUGUAAUAAAUAAAUUUCAAAUAAAAUUGGUAGAUUAUUGUUGUUA